AAAAACCCCAAAUUUGCGUUCUCACUUCAUAUAUCUUUAGUUCAAGCUAACGAAGUUUGACUGUAACACUUGCCGUAUGUAAAGACUGAUGUCGCUGAAUAGUUGGUUUUUCUCUUUUUCCACAGAUCGAAUUUGGUGAAAUCAAUGCGUAGAAAGUGAAACGAGGCUUAGGCAAAGUUGGGGGAAAAGUGAAAAGCUGCGGAAAACUUGGCUGACCAAGCAAACACAUUUGGACACACUUGCGUUGGGCGGAUUGAGAUUACGUGCUCCUCCAACCGAUUUGCCUGGCCAGGAGCUGCAGUUGGAGCUUGAGCUGGAGCCAGAGCCACAAUCAAACACCUGGGCGAGCGGCGGCCCACCUGCCGGCUUAGAUGCGUCUAAUCCAAACGGCAACCGGCGGUGCUGCUGCGUCCGUUCUGCAGACCCACUCCCAGGCGCAGUACAACUACACCAGCAUGCGUGAAGAUGAUAUCGAGCUGGCCAUUAAAGUGGUCAUUGUUGGAAAUGGUGGCGUUGGCAAGUCGUCAAUGAUACAGCGCUAUUGCAAAGGCAUUUUCACGAAGGACUACAAGAAGACGAUUGGAGUGGACUUCCUAGAGCGACAGAUCGAGAUCGACGGCGAGGAUGUGCGCAUCAUGCUGUGGGACACCGCCGGCCAGGAGGAGUUUGACUGCAUCACAAAGGCGUACUACCGCGGCGCCCAGGCUUCCGUCCUGGUCUUCUCGACGACGGAUCGAGCAUCCUUCGACGCGAUCAAGGAUUGGAAGCGCAAGGUGGAGAACGAGUGCAACGAGAUUCCCACAGUGAUCGUGCAGAACAAGAUUGAUCUUAUCGAACAGGCGGUGGUCACGGCCGACGAGGUGGAGACGCUGGCCAAGCUGCUCAACUGCCGGCUCAUCCGCACCUCCGUCAAGGAGGACAUUAACGUGGCGUCCGUGUUUCGCUACCUGGCCACCAAGUGCCAUCAGCUAAUGACUCAGAGCUACGACCAGGCGGCCGGAAACCAGCAAAACUCCAGCCAUCCGCCGUACAGCAGCACGCCCACGAUAAGCGCCUUCAGCCCGACCUUCACAAAGUCCAGCAGCGGCACCAUCGUCCUCCGUCCGGCGAAGAAGGGCCAUGGCUCCAGCGUGGCCCGGAAGCGAAAGAUAGUGCUCAAGAAGUGCGGAAUAUUGUGAGGAGUUGUCGGAUUAGCUGGUUGGAUGGCGGCAGGGGCGACUCGGCUGGCAAUUAAUAUCUGGAGCAUAUUUAACGCCUAAUUAUUUUGGAGCCUAAUGAUGUUGUGGCCGGGUGGCCAGCCAACCGUUGGAUGCAACCACAGCCAUUCACUAGUCGUGCACAGACUCCGCGUGAUGUGGUUCAGACAUGCUUACGGAACAGCAAAAAUAAUCGGAGGCAGCAAAGUGGAUCUUCUGGAUCUCCACGAAGAUGAGAUACCCUUGCGGGCGUACUGAGAAACUCAACAUUUGAUUUACACUACACAGCGGAAUAUUUGUAUCAUCUUUCGGGCCGGUUCCGAUAUCUCACAAGAAUGUAAACAAUUAUGGUUUUGAAUUUGAAUUCCAGGCCGGAUACUUAAAUUGUUCUUGAACUCGAAAAUUAUAAGAAACACCCAAAUCAUUUAAGACAUCAUAGAAUUAGCUGUCUUCUCGGUGUAUUAUUUGCAACUAUUUAAUACUUCUGUUUAUAAUUAAACUAUAUAGAACGUA